CUUGCAUCCUUGGUUUGUAUGUAUCGACAGAUGCGGUCGGUCUCACACACUCCACCCACCGGCCGCGGUGACACACCCACUGACGCCAGGGUGCCCAGUACGUGAACACCACUCACCACGCAAUCACUGAGCCACUCGUCACAUCAUUUCUUCUUGAGGGUGAUCUUCAUCUUGGCCUUUGGCUUGGCUGCGGCCGCCUUGGGCUGUCCCGCAGCGGCCGAUACACCAGCAGCAGCAGCAGCAGCAGCAGGUGCCCCGUUCUCAUCAGGGACCGUAAAGACCGAUCCGUGAUGCACGCCAUACGAUCGAUCGUACUCCUCUUGCCAGCCUGUAGGACACACAGAGAGAGAUGGUUGGCUGACGGCGUCGUGUGUGUCAUGCAUUCAUGAUCUCAUUCAUCUCACCUUCAAGCUGAGUGUGGAUGCCGUGGCUCUUCGCCAGCCCGACGGGCGUCUCGCCUCGUGUGUUGGCGUCCGUCACUUUCAGGCCCUGACAAGACAAGAGAUCAAAUCAGAGUGAGUCGCGUCGCCCUGCAUCCCUGCCGUCUUCGUGGGGACCUUCUGGAUGAGUGUGUGGCAGCACUCUGACGCACCAGCCCUCUGCAACAGACAUCCAUGCCGCCAGUUGUCACAACAGCACGCUGGUCCUCGUGUGUCCUAUGGCCUCACCGCCGCCCAAUGAAGAGCGCUGUCCCCACUCUGGUACCAUGCCACACAACACACAAUUGGAUGGCUGGACGGAUGGAUGGGUGGGUGGAUGGAUGGUCGUGUCCGUCAGGUUGGCCCAGUUCACUUACCUUUGUUUUCUUGCUGACGUCACAUUUGGGAUUGGUUAUCGCCAAGGAAAGAACGUCUCCUUGACCGCUGAAAGAAAGAACCAGCAACCAACCAUCGUCACUAUCACGAACCACGGCUGCGUGCGGCUGUGGCGUUUGCUCACUGCUGGCACAUCCAGUGGAGGGGCGUGCGUCCCAUGGCGUCGCUGGGCGAAGGAUCGACGCCUGGCGCCCUCAGAAGGACUGAUGCGCUCUCACUCUCACCGUGCUGACAGGACCUGCAGGAGAGGCACCCAAGACACGCGAACACAGCAUCGUCUGACGGCCUGGCGCCGGCUGCAUAUGUAGACGGUACAUACCAGUGGAGGGGCGUCUGCAUCUGUGGGUCAGGGAUGUUGGCGUCGGCACCGUGCUCCACCAGCCAGGCUGAUGGAUGGAUGACAUGACAUACACCAUAUGUAUACGACGGGAAGAUGCACACACAGUUCCUCUCUUUAGUGGACAGCUCAGCCCACCUAUCGUCGAUGCAGGCCUCUUCUCUCGCGCACUCUCACACAAGGCCGUGAACCCUGAAACAAACAGAGAGAAGGGCAACAGACAAACAAUGAAUCUCUCAGAUCUCUCAGAUCACUCACAUACUGCAGUGGCAUGCCGUGAAUUGGCCGCUCACCUUUGUCGUCGAGGUCAUUUAUGUGCUCAACUACGCUUGUCAGAUCAGCCUCCAGCUCCUCAAGCUGGCCCGUCGCUGCCGCCUGCCGUAGCAGCAUCGCCUGGGACAGAUUAAUGAGAUCUCGUCAAGCAAAUCACAAUGCCUUAUUGUAGGCUGCUUGGGCUGCUCCUGGAAUGCUCCAAAGCGGGAGAUCGCUG